CGUCCCGCGUGUCAUGUGACUGGCCUCCGUAAGAAAUGCCAACAUGGAACCGUGGCAAGGACGAUGUUCUUCUCAACAAUAACAUCGAAAGGGACAUCUGGAUUCAUCCUUGUCAUACAUCCACAAUCCGGACAUUUCAAUCCAUAUUUGCACGAGUGUUUACAAACCGCGGCAAUACCUUCGGCCUUUACACUAAUCUGCACACCAACAAAUGGUCUCCAUAAGUGACAAAGCGGCCACCGCUUCUAAUGAAUUGUUUGUGGACCAUGCCUUGGCCACCUGGCCUUUCAUGGAAGUGGGCAGCAGCGAGAGCAGCGAGAGGGGCAGCUCCAUCUCAUGCUCCAGUCCCGAAACUGGAGACACUGGAGCUCGACUCGGCUACAGCCCGGGGGAGGAGGACGAGGACGAUGGGCCGCUGCAGAUCUUUUUAGACUCCUCGGAGGAGAUGUUGACUCAGCCGUCCAAGCUGCCUGAUUUUAUACCCCAGCUCCCCAGCACCUUCUCUCCAACCCUGGAGGACAUUGAGGAGUUCUUGAUGGAGAAGAUGGAGCUUCUGAGUGAUGCUCCUCUAAGUCCGGAGGAACACUCAAAGGAGGAUGAGCCUCCCAUACAGCCGUCUUCCCCCGGUGAUGCCGAACCAAAAUCCAGCGCCACCACAGAGCGUCCUGCUUCUCAGAGUGUUACCAACACAGCUAGUGCCGCGCCGGUGCUCGUCGGUGCUCCGUUUGUGCUUCAAUUACAACCUCUCCAGCUAAGCCACACCCUCCCACAGCCAGACACCCAAUCGGGUGUGGCCAAUGGGCUUCAGGUGGCCCACCUGGUGCUCGGUGUCCAAGGGGCACAGAACAUUACCCUUCUUUCACCACAGGUGCCCUCAGCAACUCUCCUCCCCAUUGUGGGCGAGGCGGUCAACCAAGACCAAAAGUAUGUGAAGAUCGCUCCCCUGCCUCUAGCCAUCAGGGCGGUCGGAAUAGUGGGCACAGGCCUGGUCAAAAACAUCACUCCACGUCCAUCCAGGACCUCCACGGAAACCUUGCGGGUACAUAAAUGCUCUCACCCCGGGUGCGAGAAGAUGUACACCAAGAGCAGCCACCUGAAGGCUCAUUUCCGCAGACACACGGGAGAGAAACCCUACCUGUGCAGCUGGCCAGACUGUGGCUGGAGGUUCUCUCGAUCUGAUGAGCUGUCCCGCCAUCGGCGGUCUCACUCGGGAGUCAAGCCUUAUGAGUGCACAAUGUGCGACAAAAAGUUCGCCAGGAGCGACCACCUGUCCAAACACACCAAGGUGCACCGCGGCCCCCGUGCCGGCAGACUAGUCAGGGCGAACGUCUGAUCCCUGGAUAAACCUGGAGUGUGAUUCCUGGAGUCUGAGAGGGAAAGCUAUGAUAUCUAAAGGGGCUCACAUGCUGCAACCCUCCGCCUUCAUUUAUGUCUCUGUUUCCUCGUUUAUCCAGAUGUUUGUUUAUCCUGGUGCUACAAUCAGCUGAUGUGAAACUCAGGGAUGUGAUUGUUAAGCUCAAAAGCAGAUUUCUUGCUCUUUUGGAGGGCUGAGGUAAAGCUUACAAUCGAUUUCAUCCCGUUUCGUCCUUCGCUGCUGUAAAGCUACAGGUUGAGCUUCAAUAGCUUUCGAGAUCUAUUUUUAUGGCUUUUAAACCGAGGUUGCAGGAAGUCUAGAGAUCUAAAAGGCAAUACGGAGCAUAAUUUGAAGAGACAUAUUUCCUGUACAGUUUGUUAAUAUUGUGUUUAAAGAUCUAACCAGGUGAAAAUAUGCAAUGAAAACAGUAUUUUGGUCAGCUUUAGCACGUUAACCGAAGUGGCAGAAUUUCCCUUAAAUUAAAACAAUAUGCACUAUUAUUUAGGCUAUGCUAUUAUGCAUUAUCAAGCAAUGGCCUCUGUCAGGGUGAAUCUGAAAAAGCAAAAUGCAAUAUUUAGUCCUAUUUUAUCCAAAUAUAUUAAGUAAAACAAAAAAGAAUGUUUCGAAAAAAAAGAAAAUAUUUCUGUGACAUUGUUUUUAUUACUGUUAAGUAUAAUUAAUUCAAAAAAAAAAAAAGUAAAAAAGAAAAUGGUAGCCAUGCAAAAACCUCUCAUUUGUAUUAUUUUAAUGCAAAAACAUCUCUUUCUCAUUAAAAAAAAAAAAAUCUUUUAAUUACCGUAUUACUCAAAGAAAUGUAUAUUUAAUUUGUAAAGUACAAUUGUAAGUGUACACUAUCAAAGUAAUUAAAAUUAAUUUAUACAGAUUUCCAUUAUCAAAAAAAAAAUGAUAACUUACAGUCAUGAGAAUGUGUUUUUUUGCAAUUAUCAUUAAUGUCACACUAAUAUAUAUAUAUAUAAACAUUAUUUUAUUGGAUUUAAAUAUUUUAUUUUGAUAUUUCUGUAUGAGAUUCAUCUUACUAAAUUAUCCUUCUGAAGUAUAGCUCUUAUAAAAUGAAUUCUUAUGUAAUUAGGCAAAAUUAGGUCUGAUGCAUUUACGUUUUUACUUUAUUCAAAUGUUUUAGUCCCCGCCCCUCCCCACCUCGUGCAACCCCAAUCGCGUUGAAUUGUCUCGGACCAAUCACAUCCCUGUGCCAGCUGAAAGGUAUUGAUGCAUCAAGAUGCUUUCCAUGUUAUUUUCUCGUGCCUCAUCUCUCUCAGACUGUUGAGAGCGUACGCCAAACUGGGCUCCACGGGGCCGUGGAUAACAUCACUACAUGUAAGGAUGAACUUAUGUACUGUAAAACAUAUAUAAGCUAGAAACAAUCUUCUCUUCGAUCUCUAAUCACACAGAGAGAAUUGUUUCCUUUAUCGUAAUGUGCUUUGCAUUAGAUAAAUGCAUUUUUUUCCUACUUCGUGCCGUCACAGUUGAUAAGCUAAAUCGCUGAGGACAGGUGUUACUGUUCACAAAAAGUGGCAGCUGAUCGCUUCCUAUAGAAAUGAAGUUAUCGGGACAUCGUUUUACCGAUACGUCAUUGAAGGCUUCCACUCUUUCAUCAAUGCAACUGUGCUGGAGUUUCUUUUUUGAGAAGGUCAUGUUAAUCUUCCACAUGGAGUGAAUUUCCUUGACAUCAACUUGCCUUUUUCCAUCUGGUCUUAACUACUUUAUGUUGUUAUUAUCCCCUCCCCCCCACGAUCUAUUUAGUAGCUCAUGUAGGCUUUCAUGAAUCAGGUGCUCUACAUACUUCAUAUCUGGACUCAUCAAUACUCUGAAGUUUAUAGCGUAGGUACAUCAUUUUUAAUACCGCACAGAGAGCAUCCUGAUUUACAGUGUUUUUUUGAUUAGUACUGUCAAGUAAGAUCUUUUUUUUCUUGUUCUCUCUUUUUUUGAAGAGAUAUGUCUGUUUUUGGGGGGUUUAUUACAUUAUCAUCCUUGAUUUUUCUGCCACCACCUUCAUCCCAAUAAAAAACGUUAAAUUAUUUCCUUUACCUACAACUUCAC